UUUGCUGUGUCUGUGGGAGUGCUCUUCAGAGGAAAGCCAGCUGCUGCUGCUGUGGUAGAAUUUGUUGGGGGCGCCAUGUGUUGGAACACACGCAUAUUCUCUGCUGUUGCUGGUGGAGGUGCWUUCUGUAAUGGACAAAAGAUUCAUGUUAGUCAGACUGACAAGGUUGAGCGAUCUCUAUGGUGACUGGGUUUGGCUAUGAACAUGACGAUCCAUGGGCUACCAACAUGAACUUAUUCAAAGAAUUUACAGACAUCAGUCGGGGUGUGCGAAGACUAGGUGCAGCUGCUGUGGAUAUGUGCCAUGUUGCUCUUGGUAUCAUAGAAGCAUAUUGGGAAUAUCGUCUAAAACCAUGGGAUAUGGCUGCUGGUGUUUUGAUAGUUGAAGAAGCUGGUGGGACAGUUUCGCGCAUGGAUGGUGGAAAAUUAACUGUAUUUGACCGAUCGCUCUUGGUCUCAAAUGGCAUAUUGCAUGCUAAGCUUCUAGAGAAAAUUGGUAUUGCAACAGAGGAACUAAAAGGCAAGGGAAUCGAUUUCUCUUUAUGGUACAAGCCAGAUGAUUAUAACACAGAAUUAUAAUUGACACAACUUAUUGCUGUUGUUAUUAGCUCAUUUUAUUUUGUUCUCUUUCUAGACUACAAAAUUAAGGUUUAUCGCACGAUAACCGUUACUUAAACUUUAUGUGAAUUGUAUU